AAGUUUCAGAGAACUUACAGAUUGUCUGAGAAAUGGGUAAUCACAGGUUCAAAUUUUCUGAUAUGAUACCAAAUGCUUGGUUUUACAAGCUCAAAGACAUGAGCAGAUCAAGGAAGAAAAACAAGGCAAAUUCAGUGAUAUCUCAGAGAUCGCAGCCAAGGUGUUCAAAUUAUUUUCCCAGUGAAAUGAGUAGACCUGGUAAGUUGUUGUAUAAUUCUCCCAUUUUCAGUACCAGAGCUUCUGAGAUUCCUUUCAUUGAUUCGCCAAGAAGGUCUUCCAGGAGAAGAGCUAGGAGAAGAACAGUUUAUUACAAGCCUUCUUCUCCCACACUUGUUUCUUCCUGUGUGUCUGCAACUUCUAGCUGCCAUUCCAUUAAUAAUUGGGCUCAACCCAAUCAAACUCAGUCUCCUGAUUACUAUAUCUCCUCUGUUGAGAGUUCUUCUGAAUCAGACAUUCGUGAGGAUAUUGUUUCAUCUGAAUCUGAGUGUGAUGAUGAUAGUCUUUCUGCUGCUGCUGCUAUUCCUGCUCCUGAUAAGUUCAAUGGGUUACCCUCAAAUUGCAGUUGUAGGGUUAGUUCUUCUACCAAUGAUAUCAUCAUUGACAUGAACAAUGAAGUACCUUUUCAAGGGAAUUCUGAGAAGCUUGAUGGGUUUGAAACAAUUUCAGAGUUGGACCUUCCUCCGAUAUUGACAAAGCCUUUAAAGUUUGAUGAUGAAGAUGAUGAUGAGAAGGUCAUUAAGGCCACCACUGAAUUAAGAAGUUCAUCCAAGUCAGAUAAGCCGAAAGAUCACCAGUCACAAUCUGUCAAAAAUGGCGAGAAAGAGAGCAUUAGAACUCAGAGAGAUCGAAGAUCAAGUCAUAAUGCUCGAAAAUCGUCUGUUAAUUCUUCUACAGGAAUAAGACUCAGAGUCAAUUCUCCAAAGCUAGCAAGCAGAAAAGUCCAAGCUUCUGCAACAAGAAGGGGUGUGUCAAGCAACAGAAGUUCAAGAAAUGCAGGAUUUCCAGAGGGUUUUGCAGUAGUAAAGUCAUCAUUUGAUCCACAGAGAGACUUCAGGGAUUCAAUGUUGGAGAUGAUUAUGGAGAAUAACAUAAGGGCAUCAAAGGAUUUAGAAGAUUUACUUGCAUGCUAUCUUUCACUGAAUUCAAGUGAAUACCACGAGCUCAUUGUCAAAGCAUUUGAGCAAAUCUGGUUUGACAUGGCUCAACUGAAAUUGUAAAGAUCUUUCUUAGCUUAAGAUUCUUUGGAUAAUUAUCUUUCAGGUUUCAAUGUAUAUGUCUUGUAAGUACUAAGUACCACUUCUCUCUGGAUCAACUAAGAUUCAUGACUCAAUUCACUA